UUUUUACGCCUAAGAAAACGGGGCAGCUCGUGCGAACUACUCGCACGACGCUCCGCAAGCCAGCCCAUGGCUCUCGCCGCGCACCACCUUAUCCGAUAUCCUCCUCCGCUCUCCUCUAAGGCAGAGCGAAGCCUUAAUCUUUCUUCGACAUCCCGCAUCUUCGCCAAGGCCCAGGACGGAGAACGCAAGAGCGGAAGGAGGAUUUGGCGGCGCCGGAAGUUGACUAAGAAAGAUGACCAAUUGCGGUAUAAGAUGGAGAGGGUCCCUUUCCUUGAAGAACAAGUGAGGAAGGUAAGGGAGAAUGGAAAGAUCAUAUCUCUGGACAUCGAGAGGCUGAUGCUAUCAGAAGAGAACAGGUUUGCUUUUGUGAAUGACGUAGCUGCAGAGGCCACAUCUUACGUUGAGAACAACAGGGAUGAGUAUGGAUUCAAGAAAGCCAUAUUACAUGUGCUCAGCAACCGCAUGAAUGAUGCUGGAUUCUAUCGUCCAGAAGCUUAUAUGGAAACUGACCCCUUCAAGCCCGGGCCAUUGUAUUUAAGAGAAGAAUUUUAAGCAUUUCAUUUUCUUUUUCGCUCGUAUGUAGGAAGAAAUCUUUGCCAGCCACGUUGCAGUUUCAACAGCAUUAACAAUUCUGAAACUGGACCGUAUGUAAUCAUUUUAGAAGUUUGAGAUCUGUGUCGUUGUGUACUAUUUACACUGCUUAUCUUUCCAGUGUUAAAUUAUUAUUAUUAUUUUUUAACAAAAAAAGGUUCCUGGAGCACGCUGAAUGGGUGUUGUGUUCUUUGCAGCUGGUGCAGGCUAGCUGCAUGUCUUUGUGGUUGUGAUAUUAAUCCUCUGCAGAGUCUUUUUAUUUGCUUGAGCUUUAUUUGCUUUUGACUCAAGUUUAGCUGAAGAAAAAUGGAACCAGAACCUGGAAUUAGAAAACU